AUUUGUUUUAGGGUUGAUUUGUGUCCGUUGUGUCGGGUUGUGUGCUCUGCAGUUUACACACAUGGUGGAUUUCUGAAACCAUUAAUCUGUUUUUUCUAAGUUUUCUUCUGAAAACAUCAUUUUGCCAUAUCCUGCCGUAUGGCAACUAAUUUGAAAUUGUCAAAUUGAUGUGAAAGUUGAAGAACGACGUUGGCAAGAUACUGGAAGAAUCAAUUGUUACAUUCUUUCACAUAUCAGGCCUCAUGAAAUAGUUUAUUAUGUAUCAGAAGGUUCGUUCAAAUCUUACUACAACUAGACAAGACGGCGAGCUAAAGGGAGGUGAAGGCGAACGGUAUUCGUCAAUAAGAAACAUUGACGAUUUGAGUUACGAGGAUAACUUCCCCAAAGGAAAUCUGCUCUUUCCAAAAUUUCAUUCUUCUGAAGACGAAGAUUUGCCACCUGUGUUAUCACUUUAUUCGGAAGUCUCUGUUGACGAUUUGGAGUCCAACUGUAGUUCACCGCCUGAUUUGACGGCGAGUGUGCCCUUGGAGUCUGAUGAAUUAGAUAUAGAUGUUUGCAUCGCCGAUGCUAAAAAAGCUUUAGCAAAAAUCGUCUCUAAAAACGAAGUUAGUCUACAAGAGGUAAAAAAGGCCAGAUUAGACUCGUAUUCUAUUGUAGAGUGUGACAAGAUAGACGGAAAAAUGUUUCAUUCAUUCGUUACUAUGGAUGACUUGGAAACUUUUGCUACUGGGCGUGCAACCAAUCGAGGAGGGGACCCUACGAAUUCCCAAUCUGAUCCCUUAGAAAAAUCUAACCAGGUGUCUACUUCUAAUGCUGGAUUCACCUGCAUUAAAAAAAGGAUUGGACGAGACAUAGACAAAAGUCGUCCUUUGUCUAACAAAAAAAUUCGGGUUUUUACGAUCGAUGAAUAUGAUGAUUUUGACGAAACAACACCCAAAGAGGAAGAAACAUCAUCAUCCGAAUCAGAUCUUGAAGUUAUCGUUAUAGAAGAUUACAACGUGAAACCUGGAGAACAUACCGAGAAAGUAACGACUGUGAAAGAUCCUGAUGGACUUAUGAAUAUAGAUGAAAAAAUCUCUCCCGAUAAACGAGAUGCGUCAUUUGUCAUACUUCCAGAAGAGACGUAUUACGAAAACUAUGAAGUACCUGGCCUGUUGAAACAGCCAGGUUUCCAAUCCGUGGUCGAAUGUGGCAAGCGAUUCUGCAUUAUGGGUUGUGUUUGCAGUAGCCUGCAUUUAUUAAAACCUCGGUCCCAGCGAUGCCUUCACAUGGAAUGCAUGUUUGAUCAUGCCUGCACCAUAAAAUCGAAGCCUACACCUUCAACACCAACCAAGAACGAGGAUAACUCUCUGGCGGAUCUUCGAAGCCAAAACUUGUCGAUGAAGAGUGAAAUUGAACUUCAGAAGGAUGAAAUUCAUGAAUUGGAAGUUAGACUAUUGCAAAGAGAGAGUGAAAUUGAGAAAUUGAGAAAACAAUUGAUUGCUGAUCAGCAAUUCGCUACUAUUGAAAAAAGGAAGAAUAUCAGGGUGAUGACAACCGACGAAUUGAUGGUGCAUGGGAGGCACGUACAAGAUGGACAUUAUGUGGAUUCAUUUCCAUUUAAGAAAAGCAUGCUGGAUAGCCUGGCGAAGAAUACUACUGUAUCCACCUUUAUCAGACAGCUGAUGCGGAAAAUGUACACACCAGAAUACCUUUCUUUGGAGACUAUGAGAAACAUGAAUAAAGAACAUGUGGCUGCCAUUACAGAGGCUGCUAAAGAACGAUUCUCUCUAUACCGUGGGAGAAAUGGUAACAAUUUCAAUUUAACUGAAGAGAAAAUCAAGCAAGUGAUAACUUCAGAAUUCAACCUAAAACACAAUGCCAGAAAGAAAAGCGAAAAAACAUCAGCUGGCCUUAAGCCAGCUUGAUUUUUUGCCGCAUCUUUUUUUGGCGACAUUUGCUUUAGUGGUUAAACGCUUGGCUGUCUAUUUUAUCAUCCUAAUCAAAUGAGACUGACUUUAAUACUAUGGGUUCAAUAAAUUCAACACGGUAAUAAAUGUAAUACAGUAUAA